AUGGAUCAAUUCUCGUUGAAAGGUCAGACUGCCGUCCUCACAGGAGCAGCUCGUGGCCUUGGUCUCGCGUUCGCCCAGAUUUUGGGUGAAGCCGGCGCCAACAUUGCAGUCCUCGAUGUCAUCCAACCCGAAGAGGCUCUAUACAAGAUCGGGACCGACCACAAUGUGAAGGUCUCCUACCAAAAGGUCGACGUCACAAACCGACAGGCGGUCAACCAGGCAAUUGAGACAAUUGAGAAGGAAUUCGGAGCAAUCCACAUCAAUGUCAAUGCAGCCGGUGUCGUUACGGAUGAACCAUUUUUGACCACUUCCGAUUCAAAUAUCGAAAGAACCUUCGGCGUGAACUUCACAGGCUCCUUCCUAGUAGCGCAGGCGUGCGCGAACUCCAUGGUCCGGCGACGAAAGCAGAUGGACAGUGUCCCCCCCAUCGGGCACGAUACCAGCAUCGGGAACAUCGUGUUCAUCGGCAGCAUCGCGACGCACAUCUCGACCACGGUGCAGAAUAUAUCGUGCUACGCCGCCUCGAAGGCCGCAGUGCGUGGCCUCGUGAAGCCGUUAGCGAUGGAACUCGCCCAGUAUGGCAUCCGGGUCAACUCGCUCUCGCCCGGCUACAUGAUGACGGAUAUGAUGCGUGGUCUGCAGGUUAAGCAGCCAGAGCUCGUGUCGCAGUUUGAGAAGGAGACGCUGUUCAAGAGGAUUGGAUACCCCGACGAGUUGAAGGGCGCGAUGCUGUUCUUGUGUAGUCGGGCAAGUGGAUGGUACACGGGGCAGGAUUUGUUGGUGGACGGUGGAGCAAGUUCUUGGAAACACCCAGCUUCGUUUGCUGCGUGA